AUGGCUCCUGCUGCUGCUCAUGCGGCCGAGGGAAUCAUAUCGCCCAUCGAUGUGAACUCGAUGCCGCCGUUUUGGCGUCGAAAGAAUGGCAUUUUGCUUUACUUCCUUCUCACGUCGUCUCUUCUGGCUAGUGCUGCGCUCGGUAUCGAUGGAUCCAUGACAAAUGGAAUGCAAGUCCUGAAUUCCUGGCAAGACAGAUUUGGGCACCCUGAAGGCGCGAAGCUUGGAUUCUUCGGAGCUUCUAACGCCAUCGGCGGUGUCAUUCCAUUCAUCUUCUUAAGCUGGAUCGGUGAUAAAUGGGGGCGCCGUUUGCCCACUGCUUUGGGUUCUGUCGUCAUCAUCGUCGGUGUUAUGGUCGAGUUCUUUGCUACCUCUUUGAACAUGUAUAUCGGCGGUAAAAUUGUCCUGGGAGUUGGAUCAUCGCUCAUCCAGAUGGGCGCACCGGUGUUGGUCACUGAGCUAUCCCAUCCCAAGGAACGUGUACAGGUCACCACAUUCUACAACACAUCCAUCGUUCUUGGGUACGUGAUUGGUGCAUGGGCCACCUUCGGCUGUUAUAGAAUUGACAGUCAAUGGUCCUGGAGAUUACCUACUCUGAUCCAGAUUGUACCGUCGGCUUACCAGUUCUGUCUCAUCUGGUUUUGCCCCGAGUCGCCUCGCUGGCUGAUUGCAAAUGGCCGUGUGCAGGAAGCCCGCGAUAUCUUGAUCAAAUACCAUGGCGAAUGCAAUCCGAACUCCGAACUAGUGGAGCUCGAAUGCGCUGAGAUUCAACAGGCCAUCGCCAAGGAAGCCGAGAACAACAUGACCUGGAAGGACUUCUUCUCUUCCAGAGCCAACAUGAAGCGUAUCUUCCUUUGCUUUUCCACGGCUGUCUUCAGUCAGAGCUCUGGAAACUUGCUGGUGUCCAACUAUCUUACGCAGAUCUUGAAGGAUACUGGACUCAAGACCGAGUACGAAAUCACCCUGAUCAACGGAAUGGUCACACUCUGGCAGUAUAUUGUGGCCAUCUUUGUCACUCUUAUCAUUGACCGCUUCCGCCGUCGCUUCUUUUUCCUCACUGGAUCUGGCGGUGUCCUGGUCACCUUCAUCGUUUGGACAAUCGCUGCUCAGCAGUAUCUUGAGCACAACUCGCUGGCCGCCGGUCGACUGGUUAUUGCAUGCAUUUUCUUCUUCCAGGCUUUCUACACUUUUGCUUGGACGAACUUGAUCGUCACCUAUCCUCUCGAAGUGGUGACACUGCAGAUGCGUGCCAAGACAUGGGCUUUCGUCCUGCUGACCAUCCAAGUGGCCUCAAUCUUCGGAAGUUACGUCAACCCCAUUGCACUGAAAAACAUCGGAUGGAAGUUCUACAUCUAUUACUGUAUCUGGGUGUUCAUCGUCUUCCUCAUUGUCUACUUCUUCUUCGUCGAGACUGCCGGACCCACUUUGGAAGAACUGGCCUAUUUGUUUGAGGGUGAAGAUACCAAGAAGGAGAUGGUGCACAAGAUCGAGGAAAAGAAGGAUCAAGUCACAUAUGAGGAGCAGGUGGAAGACAAGAUUGCAUGA